AUGACUGUCCGCCUCCUCUGUUUUAUCAAGCGUCUCCCCCACGUCUCGUUCGAAGAGUUCGACCAUCACUGGAAAAACACCCACGGCAAGCUCGUCGCGUCCUUGCAGCCAAUCGUAGAUGGCAAGAUCACAUACACUCAGCUACACGUAAACCCUGUAGCGUCGUCGACCCUCCAGGCCGCCACGUUUCCAGUGAUUAGCUAUGACGGAAUCGCAGAGUUCCAUGCGGAGACGGUCGAGGAGAUCUUGCAAUUGUUCGGCUCCCAGGAAUACCAAGAGAAAGUGGCUUUCGACGAAGCCACCCUUGGUUUUGAUCGUGCCGCCGUCCAGGUGAUGGUCGGGGAGAACCACGUACCUCAGCCCGCGAAGUAGUAUCAUGCGGGUCCCAAAGGUUGUAGAGUAUUUCGUACGAUAUCGAAGCAGAGCAUUACGAAUGAAUGAUGAUAGAAGUCAG